UUUAAGUAUACGGUAACGUUAGAGUGAUUCUAAGCACUACUCGAAAAUUGAAUGCAACCCAGGGAAAGUGUUAGCGUCUUCAUAAUUGGUUGAGUCAAACCCAUAAACAUUUUGAUUGGCUGUUACGAAUUCAAAUACCUGAACACGAUUUUGGUAUAAGAAUAGGUACUUUGCUUUCACCGCAUGUUGUGGUGAAUUGUACCUCACUCACAUACAGUGGAUAAAAAUUUGGAAGUGCUAUAGUGCAUUACGUGAUUGGAUUUAUCUAUUAGUUUCCGUUUUACAUUUUUUAUUUGAUAAAUAAACAUGACUCUUGUUCAACCUAGUCCCGAACUCCAAAUCAACAUCAGGAAAGAGUUAAAUGAAGAUGUUAAUACAAGAGAAUCCGAUUUAGAGCAUAUCAAGCAAUGGUUGAAGAAGCAACCUCAUUUACCUGACACCUGGGACGAAAGUCGAAUGAUGACCUUCUUGAGAGGCUGUAAGUUUUCUCUAGAAAAAUGCAAAAGGAAGUUAGACAUGUAUUUCACGAUGAGAACAGCAUGUCCAGAAAUAUUUUCCAAUAGAGACAUUUCGAAUCCAGAAUUAAAAUUGGUUAGAGAACUAGGGCACAUACCACCACUUCCAGGUUUAACACCCAAUGGACGAAGAGUGGUAGUAUUGAGAUCUAAAAAAAAUGAUGUAUACGAUUACGACGUGGCGGAUAUUAUGAAAGUAGUUCUCAUGAUCGGAGACGUAAGACUUGCAGCUGAAGAAACUGGCGUAGCGGGUGAUGUUUAUAUUUUGGAUGCCAGUGUUGCUACAGCUUCUCAUUUUUCCAAAAUUAAUCCAGCUUUAAUUAAAAAAUUCUUAGUUAUUAUUCAAGAAGCCUAUCCAGUGAAACUGAAAGAAGUUCAUGUAGUCAAUGUCUCUCCUUUGGUCGACAAAAUCAUCACUUGGAUCAAGCCAUUUUUAAAAGAAAAGAUUAGAGGAAGGAUUCAUGUCCAUAGCAACUUUGAAUCUCUACACAAAUUUAUACCCAAAGAUAUUUUACCUGAAGAAUAUGAAGGUACAGCUGGACCAUUACAAGUUUUUCACGAUCAAUGGAUGGAAAAAUUGAAGGAAUACACUCCCUGGUUCAAAGCUCAAGAAAAUAUUAAGGCGGAUGAAUCUAAAAGACCAGGAAAACCUACUAACUAUGAUGAUCUAUUUGGAUUAGAUGGUAGCUUCAAACAACUCACCAUUGAUUAGAAUUCGAUUUGUUAAUAUUUUUUAUGCUGGGUUAAAUUUGUUGAAACCUCUUCUUCUGAAUAAUAAUGAAACUAAAUCUUCGACACAUUUCUUUUUUUACUUGAUGUUAUCAUGGGGCAUUGGGUUACGCUUAUAUUAUUUGCAAAAUUUAUAUCUUCAUUAUUUAAGAAGUCAUGAUAAAUUUAUAGAAGGUGGUUUAAAACAUCAUCAAUAAUAAUAUUAUGUCAUAUAGUUAUACUUGGAUCAGUGAAAUAUGGAUAUUUUUAGACAUGUAUGUUUAUUCAACUAUUACACAAUUUUAUAAUUCAAAAUGAUAUACGAUAGGUAUUUUGUCAUGCAUUGGUUGUUAUAACUUUUACUAUGAUGAUAACUGUAGUAUCAGGUCUAAAAAUUGAAGAACAAAGCCAAUCAAGUGUAGCUUUGUUGCUGAUAUCAAGGUAAAAUGGAAAUCGGAACAAUUGGAAAAAGUAAGAUAAUCUUCGUAUGAUGUUUAGUGAAACUUUUAUAUGAAUUUAUUUUUCUUCUUCAAAUGCAAUGCAUUGAAUCAAAAUAAAAAACAUGUUGUACAGCCGUUGGAAAAUCUCUCUUCAAUUUAUUUGAACUUGAUAUACCAAAUUAUGAAUCAUUUCAAAUUAAAUAGUUGGAAUAUAUUAUCAUUAUUAUAAUUAUUAUCUAGUAUUAUAUGAUUAUAAUUAUACAAAUUUUAUAAAACUUUCGUAAUAAAUGAAGAAAUAUCA